AUGGUUGAAGAAAUAUAUGCAUCAAGCUCCGAUGAAAAUGAAAAUAGAAUAAGUGUUAGAAUAGAGGAUGGACAAUUUAUAAAAUCAUCAUAUAAGAUUGAUAAAAAUACAAGAUUAAGGAAAAUGAUUAGAGUAUUUUGUGAUAGACAUAAUCAAGAUAUAAAUACUUUAAAAUUUUUUUUCAAUAAUCAAAUGUUAAAUGCAACUGAUACUCCUGCUUCAUUAGAGAUGACAAAUGGUGAUAUGAUAAUUGUUAAAAAUUUCGAGCAUUCUGGUUAA